UGGGCUGGAGGUUUGCAGGAAGGUGGGGCUGAGCUCCUAGAAACAUGGACCACAGCAAAACUCGUCGACUUUCCAACUGAACUCUAAUCACCAGUAAGGGGAAAAUACACUGAAAGAUUGUAUCUCCUUGUGCCAAAAGGACCACCUGACAGCUGGAGAACAUAAUCCUAUCUACAUACUUGUAGUUGCUGCUGAGAUCUGGUGUGAGGACCCAGUGGAGAUCCUGUAUUGAAGAGAGUUAAGUCGACUGUCAGGAUGGUGGAGGCUCCAAUUUAUGCCACAGGCAUGGCCGCCAAGCUCAGGAGUCAGUGGGAUCGAGAGCAAGGCCUCGGACAGAACGACAACGCCGUGAAGUUUCUGGGUCAGAACUACGAGUCUCUUAAAGCGCAGUGCCUCCGGAGCGGGAAGCUGUUUGAGGACAGCAUGUUCCCCUGCACCACGUCGUCUCUGGGAUACGACGAGCUCGGACCCAGGUCCUCCAAGACCAGCGGAGUACGCUGGAUGAGGCCCACGGAGUUAUGCAGGCGGCCGGAGUUCAUUGUAGACGGAGCAACUCGCACAGACAUCUGUCAGGGAGCUCUGGGAGACUGCUGGCUGCUGGCAGCCAUCGCCUCACUGACCCUCAAUGAUAACCUCCUCCAUAGAGUGGUCCCUCAUGGACAGAGCUUCCAGCAGGGAUAUGCAGGCAUCUUCCACUUCCAGUUCUGGCAGUUUGGAGAAUGGGUGGAGGUGGUGAUCGACGACCGUCUACCAGUGAAAGACGGGAAGUUGCUGUUUGUCCAUUCUGCAGAGGGGACAGAGUUCUGGAGCGCUCUCCUGGAAAAGGCCUACGCCAAAUUAAAUGGCUGUUAUGAGGCGCUGUCAGGUGGGAGCACGUCAGAGGGCUUUGAGGACUUCACCGGUGGAGUGACGGAGAUGUUUGAGCUGAGAAAAGCGCCUUCGGACCUCUACAGCAUCAUCAGCCGAGCCAUUGAGAGAGGAUCCCUGCUUGGCUGCUCAAUUGAUAUCACCAGUGCAUUAGACAUGGAGGCCGUCACAUUUAAGAAGCUGGUGAAAGGCCACGCCUACUCGGUGACUGCUGUGGAAGAGGUGGUGUACAGAGGAAAUCUGACCAAGCUGGUUCGCAUCAGAAACCCCUGGGGGGAGGUGGAAUGGACCGGGCCCUGGAGUGAUGACUCCAGAGAGUGGGACUCCGUGGAUCGCUCAGUCAGGGCUAAACUUCAGAACCGCAGUGAAGAUGGGGAAUUCUGGAUGUCCUUCAGUGACUUUCUACGAGAGUUCACCCGUCUGGAGAUCUGCAACCUGACGGCGGACGCCCUGCAGCACAGCCAGAUGAAGAAAUGGAACACGUCGCUCUUCGGGGGAGAGUGGAGGAGAGGCAGCACGGCCGGAGGCUGCAGGAACUACCCAGCAACAUUUUGGUUGAAUCCUCAGUUUAAGAUCAUGCUACAGCACCCAGACACCCCCGGCAAGCCAGACUGUAGCUUUCUGGUCGCCCUCAUGCAAAAAGACCGCAGGAAGAAGAGACGAGAAGGCAAAGAUAUGGAGACCAUCGGGUUUGCUCUGUAUGAGGUUCCAGAUCAGUAUGCGGGGAGCUCGGGGGUCCACCUGAAGCGGGACUUCUUCCUCACUCACGCCUCCAGCGCUCGAUCGGAGCAGUUCAUCAACCUGAGGGAGGUCAGCUCGCGCUUGCAGUUGCCGGUCGGGGAGUACAUCAUCGUCCCCUCUACCUUUGAGCCCAAUAAAGAAGGAGACUUUGUGCUGAGGGUGUUCUCUGAAAAACCUGCUGGUUCUGAGGAGCUUGAUGAUAAAGUCGUUGCAAACCUUCCUGAAGAGCCUACAGUUGAUGAGAGCCGGAUUGAUGCCAGCUUCAAGAAUCUCUUCCGGCAGCUGGCAGGACCUGACAUGGAGAUCAGCCUCAAUGAACUUCAGACCAUCCUGAACAGGAUCAUAUCCAAACAUCAGGACCUGAAGACAGAUGGCUUUUCUAAAGAAGCUUGUCGCAGUAUGAUAAACCUCAUGGACGUGGACGGAAGCGGGAAGCUUGGGUUGACGGAGUUCCAUGUUCUCUGGGAAAAAAUCCGACGAUACCUGACUAUAUACAGACAGUUUGAUUUGGACAAAUCAGGCACCAUGAACUCCUAUGAGAUGCGGAUGGCCCUUGAAUCUGCAGGUUUCAAGCUGAAUAACCACCUGUUCCAGCUGAUCAUCCUGCGCUAUACCGAGGAAGACAUGAAUAUCGACUUUGACAAUUUUGUCACAUGUUUGGUCCGCCUGGAGACCAUGUUCAAAACGUUUAAAAACAUGGACACGGAUGGGGACGGGGAAAUAUCCCUCAACUUCUUUCAGUGGAUUACCCUGACCAUGUUUGCCUAGAAACGAGGGAACUAGAUGAAGCACGUUCCGCUGCAGCUCCUGGCCCAGUAUUCCCUGAUUUUUCUUUACAAGUGCCUUUCCUCUUUCUGCUUCUCCUCUUCUCCAGGCUGCUUUCCGUUGAGGCCCUCUGAUCCUAAAACAAACGGACUAGUCAUUCCAGUGCCUGAAUCAGAAAUGUGCCAAUUUUGUUGCUUGUUUCGCCAAAUGAACAUGGUUUACUUAUUAUAGCCUUGCUCACUCUGGGUGCCAUUUUAUUUUGUUUUUUUACCUGAAGGAAUGCAAAUCAAUUACAUGGGAAUAAAACCAAAUUAUUGGUCGGGUCUAAGACGUUUUACUCUUUGCAGCACUUUUUUGUAAUUCACAGAAAAAUGUUUGACUUUAACAUAACGUUGGGUUUAAAGGGAUUAGGAUUUCUUUUAAGACGAUAAUUCUUCACAUGCUGGAUUUUUCUUUUAGCAUUAAGCCUUCGCGUUUGAAAUGCUUACGAGUUCUCCCUCUAAAAAGAAUACUUAACACCUAUUUGGGGCUUUAUGACAUGUAUGUUUUUUUUAACGCAUGUAAAAUGUGUUUAUAGGCCGCACAUCUCUUCCAUGAGUUCUAGAGUUGUAGUAAAAGCACUCUAAUUUUUAAAAUGUCUUACCCAUUUUUGAUAUUUUUUUUCAAACUCUAAUAAAAGCAUUUUGUUAAAAAAUUUUUUGAGGUUUUUCACUGUCAGUUUUUGAUGCGCUACUAUUAGCUGUUUAGCUAAUUAGCGCCUCCAGCGCUCUGCGACUCAGUAGUCUCUGUUAUAAAUUAAAAGUACAGCUAAUUUUAAGUCGCUUUUAGUAAGAAGAAAAUGUAAAUGUCUUUUCUACAAUAAAUAAUUGUCUGCAUUUUGCUUUUGAAGGAAUAGAGAUCAGUUAUAGCGCUAAUAGCUAGCUAGAGCAGGGCUGAAAGUUAAAGUGAUUUCAUAUUGCCUUUGUCAAACUUUUGUAUAGCACUUUAUAUGAAAAAAAUUAUAAGCCCUCAUUAAUUUUUUUUUUUUUUACUGAAGCUGUAUUCAUCUAAAGUAAAAAUUGGCACUUUAAAGAUUUGAAUGUAAAACUUAAGGUAAAAAAGUCCUGUUGUUCACUUUGUGUUCAAACAGAUCAUUUUGAUGGAAAACAAGCUAACACUCUUUUGUAAAACUUCCAGACAUCUAUUUGAAUAACUUUUAAAAAUGAGACCAUGAUUUAAUGGUUUAUGAGAUAAAGUUUGCAUAAAUGGAUAUGACAUUUUUCAUAAUUGGAGUCGUUUAACCCGGCAGACAUCUGCCUUUUUCUUAACUUUGCUACAGCUAGCCUGGAAAACUGACGUUAACUUAAAAAAACAUCUCUGUUUUUGAUCAGAGUAAAGUUGCUUGAACAGUAAAAAUAUACCUAUAUAUUGGAUCCAAUCCAUGUAUCGGAUCAUUUCAUCUCAUUUUGAGUUAUUUAAAGUCUGUUUUAAAAAUUGUUCACUGCAGUUAAUAUACAUAUUAAGACAGAAAAAGUGCUGGAUGACUGAAUUUCCCCCCCUUUCUUUUUGAGGUUUUUCAGUGCAAGAUGUAAUUGUAUUUUAAAAUCUAUGCUGAAAAAACUCAACUGGAACGCUUCUUUUAUCCUCCUCUAUCGUUUUUUUAAUGAUAGACAUCAAUGGUAAUUCAAAGUCUGGACUUUUCCCUCAGUCUGGACAGCUGAGGGGAAAGACUUUCACAAUAUCCUAGUCCACUGGUGCAUAAAGCCGACAAAAUGAGAGCAAACCUCUCAAAAUUACUUCCAGCAUUUAAUCUACAAACACAGAAAAAUGUGCAUAAAUCUACAGCAGUGCUGCUGAUUUAGAAUUUUAAUACUUCUUGUGCCAUACUUGAAGUCCUGGAUCAGCAUUCAUGCAACGUUACUGUGGCCUGGCAGUUUAUGCAAACACAUAGGUAUUGCACUGUAUCACAGAGAAUGUGUUGUAUUUUAUAUAUCUUAUCCUGUUUAGCUUUAUCAUAUACCUGCUCAUUAUUAUGCAUGGCAUUCCAGACUGUUCUGUAAUAUGUGGGGGUGGGGGUGUUGUACCUUUUUGUGACGGCUAGAUUUUAUACUCUGGGCAGGGGAUAGAUGUGUGCUUUCAUUUUAAAGUUUAUAAUGAGUAAAAAAAUGUGCAAAAUGGAUGGAUAGUGUGUGCAUGAUGUGUCAAACGUAAAAAUUAUCCUCUGUGAUCCGUUUUUCUAUAUUGGGAGCAAGAUUUUGUGAGAGAUUUACAUAUAAAAUGUUGCAGCUUUUUCAGCAUUAAGCCUUUGAAUGUUUCAUACAUGCAACGGAUUUACAUGUUUGCCAUUAUAAUUUUUUUUAAUACAGUCUUUAAGUGGGAGAACAGAAUUUGCGACCUGUCUCUUUAAGUCAAGAAAGCCAACCCCUUUACUUUGCAUCAUGUGCUGUGCUCUUUGACAUUUGCAGCAUACUACUUAUGUAAUGUUGUGUCAAGUUUACACAGGGCGAAAUUCUGGGUCACUUUGAACUAAUACAUCAUGCACCGUUAUGGUUUAUGUUUGAGCUUCUAUACACACUUUGAAAAUAAACAAGAGCCUUUGAA